UUUAAGUGUCCUCUUCAGCUGUUAGAACACAACUGAGAAAUGAGUAUCCUAACAUGGUGUUGUACCCUCGUCUUUCUGUGCCUGCUUGCUCUAUUUGCAUGUGAAAACACUUCUAUAGUACCUAAAGCUGGAGAUCAUGAACCUCAGGAGAAAGAUAAGCAGCUUAAGGAUGUGUAUGAUAUAAUGGCCAAAUCCAGUGGAAAAGGCCAUCGAAAAAUACAUGGAGAAAUGCAUGUAGUUCAUCAUUUGAAGAUUUCCCAGAAAGCAAAGGGAACAUAUGGUGGUGCCGCGGACAUUAACCGUCCAAAAUCCAGCCGCAAUGCAGCAACCUCUUUCCUGGGUAAACCUCCCACUUUAUUCUUCUCAGCUGUAAUCAGGCACAUUAUCAUCGGAUGGUUCAUAUUUGCUCUGGUUUGAUUGCCUGGUCUAUGAAGAUGAUCAUUUAGGACUCAACCUGUAACUCAGGAACUUCUUUUUUCUUUUCGAAAAAUUCCAAUGUUAAGCUGCCUUCUUUCAA